AUGUCUGAACUUGCAGAACAAACUCCUAUUGAACAAGAGACUCCAAUCGAGUCUGCUACUCACUCUGUCAUUUCCACUCCAUCUAACAAAGCUGAAAGAGAUGAUGAAAAAUAUGGCUCUGACGACAUUGACGCCGAAGUCAAUCCAGAAGUCGUCGAAAUUCCAAAGAGACCUGCCUCUGCUUAUGUUACUGUCUCCAUCAUGUGUAUUAUGAUCGCCUUUGGUGGUUUCGUUUUUGGUUGGGAUACUGGUACCAUUUCAGGUUUUGUCGCUCAAACUGAUUUCUUAAGAAGAUUCGGUCAAAAGCAUCACAAUGGUACUCAUUAUUUGUCCAAAGUCAGAAUGGGUCUUAUGGUUUCUAUCUUUAACAUUGGUUGUGCCUUCGGUGGUAUUAUCUUAGCCAAGAGUGGUGAUAUAUAUGGUCGUAAGAUGGGUUUGAUUAUUGUUGUCUGCAUUUACAUUGUCGGUAUCGUUAUUCAAAUCGCUUCUGUUAAGGCUUGGUACCAAUACUUUAUCGGUAGAAUUAUUUCCGGUCUAGGUGUUGGUGGUAUUGCUGUCCUAUCCCCAAUGUUGAUUUCUGAAGUUUCUCCAAAACAUAUGAGAGGUACUUUAGUCUCCUGUUAUCAAUUGAUGAUUACCGCUGGUAUUUUCUUGGGUUACUGUACUAACUACGGUACUAAGAACUAUUCUAACUCUGUCCAAUGGAGAGUUCCAUUAGGUUUAUGUUUUGCAUGGGCUCUAUUUAUGAUUGGUGGUAUGACUUUUGUCCCUGAAUCUCCACGUUACUUGGUUGAAGUUGGUAAGAUUGAAGAAGCCAAGAGAUCCAUUGCUCUUUCUAACAAAAUUUCUGCUGACGAUCCAGCUGUCUUAGCUGAAGUCGACAAUGUUCAAGCUGGUGUCGAAGCUGAAAAAUUAGCUGGUAACGCUUCCUGGGGUGAAUUAUUCCAAACCAAGAACAAGAUUUUCCAACGUUUGGUUAUGGGUUGUAUGAUUCAAUGUUUGCAACAAUUGACUGGUGAUAACUAUUUCUUCUACUAUGGUACCAUUGUUUUCAAAUCUGUUGGUCUAGAAGAUUCUUUCCAAACAUCUAUUGUUAUUGGUGUCGUUAACUUCUUCUCCACUUUCUUCGCCUUGUAUACUGUCGAUAGAUUCGGUCGUCGUAGAUGUUUACUAUGGGGUGCUGCUACUACUACCGUCUGUUUCGUCAUUUAUGCUUCUGUCGGUGUCACCAGAUUAUAUCCAAACGGUAAAGAUCAACCAUCAUCAAAGGGUGCUGGUAACUGUAUGAUUGUCUUUACUUGUUUCUACAUUUUCUGUUUCGCUACCACCUGGGCUCCAAUUCCAUUUGUUAUCAACUCUGAAACUUUCCCAUUGAGAGUUAAGUCCAAGUGUAUGUCUUUGGCUCAAGGUUGUAACUGGUUAUGGGGUUUCUUAAUUUCUUUCUUCACUCCAUUUAUCACUGGUGCCAUUAACUUCUACUAUGGUUAUGUUUUCAUGGGUUGUUUGUGUUUCUCUUUCUUCUACGUUUUCUUCUUCGUUCCAGAAACCAAGGGUUUAACUUUGGAAGAAGUCAACACUAUGUGGGAAGAAGGUGUCUUACCAUGGAAGUCUACUGAAUGGGUCCCACCAUCUAGAAGAGGUGCUGAUUACAAUGUGGAUGGCUUAACUAAAGAUGAAAAACCAUUGUACAAGAGAAUGUUCGGUAGGGCUUAA